UUCUGGCCUGUUGUUAUAUAUUUUGAGUCAAAAAGCAACGUUUAGCUUCCGGACUCCCUCGGUGGCUUCUAUCCUUUGCCGACAGCAUUAUCUUCCAUAUUAGUCAGCAAAUCCAGACCAUUUCUGUACUUCUACCACUAUUUAUUGCAGGUUCUUGUACAAAUCAUUCCUAAAAUGCAGUUAAGCAGAAUAUCAAUUCAAAAGUUCGGUGGGGUUCAAGCGGUUGGUCUUUCUCAAGAACAAAUCUUGGAUCUUUUUGGGACAGAUUUCAACAAAAGGUCAACUUUAUUGAAAUUCAAGGGGUAAUUUGUUUCUCCUAAUCUGAUCAAUUUUAUAGCAUAAACUGAGGACUAGGGUUGAUCUUGAAAAGGAUUUGGUGUAGACAAGUGAAUGAUUUUUUUGGUUUAAUGGAUUUGGUGUAGAAAAGUGAAUGCUUUUUUGGGUUUACAUUUAGCAAUAAAGGGCCGGAUAUCAGUGGUUCGUGGCAGCAAGGCCUCUUGCAAUAUCUCGUAGCGUAUUUAAGUCGUCUGAGUUUGCAUUGAGAGGAGGUUGAGGAUGGCGGUUCCAUGGAGUAUGACACUGUGGGUGGCUAAGAUGGUGUGGGUGGCAUUGAGUGGUUGGGUAGUCUCUUGCUUGACUAUUGCAAAUGAAGUUGCUGGCUCUAUUCGAAGUGGCGAUAUUGGUCCUUUUCAUGUUGGUUGAGUGGAAUAACUUUUGUAUACUCCAUCAUGUUGUGGUUUGUUCUUAUCAAUUUGUGGAUAUAUAGUGUUUCCCUUUUAUUGUUCUUUUUGUUUUCAUUUUGUGAAUUGUUGCUUGGUUCUCACAGAUUUUGUAUAUAUCUGGAUAAAUAUCAUUUACACUAGUUUCAAUUAAUUGUUCUUCACUGUUCUUGCUU